AUGGCAUUAGAAAGCAAGUACCAGAAGGACAAUGAGAAAGCACCUGGUGAAACACCAUCAACACCCAAGAAAAAAAAGAAUGGCAAAGCAAAGGCCAAAAGUAAAUCAAAGGCUCAUGCCAAAGCAAAGGCAAAGUCUAGCCCUAGGGUGCAGAAAAAAUCCAAGACAACAGCGGUUGCAAAGUCAGGCCCCAAAGCAAAACCCAAAGCAGCUAGUAGCAACAAUGCAAAGAAGGAAGAAGAUGAGAAAGAUGAGAAGGACAAGAAAGAUCCCCAAAAGAAGAAAGGAAAGGAAAGUUUGAAGGAACAAGCAUCGAAAUGGGUUUCAAACUUGGACAAGCCUUCAGAGGAUGAGGAGGAUCAGGAUGCAAGCAAGGCACCUACAGAAGAGAGGGACAGGCAGAAAGCACAGAAAUUUCGAAAGCUUGAGAAAGCAGGUGCAUUGCCUGCAGAAGUCCAGGAAGCUUUUGAUGCAGCUGAGAAAAGUUCUAACCCCAGAGCCAACAAAACACAGCUCAUCAACAGCCUGUUCAGAAAGGAAGGUAAUAACUUUGUGAUGGUUCCCAAGGACCCUGCCUUCAAAAGGGUUCAAAAGCUGUUGGAUGUGAAGUAUGGGAAGGAAGAGUCUCAAAGCUUCCCCUGGUCCAUCAUGCUCUAUGACAAGUUUGGUGGCAACCAAACCGCACUAGAAAAUGCCUUGCAGUGUGGUGAUGUUGUUGUUACCAACCACAAGGGAAAGGAGUUCUAUAGCUACAACACUUUGAAGUCAGGCAGGAUGAAGAGUUUGGGUGAUGAAAGCGAGCUGAAUGAUGGCCAGCACAGCUUGGAUGAGAGCUCUCACCAAGUCAUCACUGAUUGGUUCAAAAAUAUGAAUGUUGGUGCUCUGAAACCAAUAGAGGAGUCAAAAGAAGAAGCAGGAGAUGGCCUUGUGAUUUUUGCAAAGCCAAAGGCUCAGGAAAUUGACUGGGGCCAUGUUGAGAAGGUCUUGCAGUCAGCAAAGACUGCACAGGAAAAGCUGACCAGGGAUGCCAUGAAGCUGAAGGAAUGUGUUUUGAGGGCACAGGAUCAAGACUUGCUUGAAGUCUUCAAAGGCAGCCUCAAAGAUUUGCAGGACAAUGACAAGAAUUUGGACCACAUCUUACUGUGGAAGGCUCUGGAGUUGCCUGAUCACACAAAAUGGGAUUUGGAGAGUGGAAAAGCAUGGAUGACCGCCUUGGCCAAGCAAACCCAGAAAGCCAAUGAAAAGAUUGAAGGUGACUCCAUGCCACCUGCCAAAAGCAGGCGCCUUGGUCAAAGGAAAAGGCUGGCUUUGGACCAAAGCCAGUCAGAAGCCAAAACAACCAGUGAGUUGGCCAGCUUCUUGGUUGAACAAUGGGCCCGGGGCCACAUCAGCCCCCAAAUGGUGCAGCGAGUGGCAAGCAAAGCUUGCGCAGACAUGAAGCAUGCUGCACCUACACCUUUGCAGAGCUUGGCAAAGUUGGGUGGUGGGUAUGCCAACUUGAUGUCAGCUGCCUUGAUAGCCAGCCAGAAAAGCAAGUUGCCUGACCCCUUUGUAAUCCAACUUCCUUACAAAAAGGGAAACCACAUGCAGAAGUUCCUCUUACCCCACGAAGUCUUUGCCAGCAUCUUUGACAACUAUUAUGAAACCUUCCAGAAUGUCCUGGUGGGCCCCCUGGUUACCUCCAAGAUUUUUGGAGAACAGCCAAGCAACACCCCUGCAUGA